AUGCUGGAACUAAACGGGAAAUGUCUGGCGUUUCAUGGACCAUUGCUUUAUGAAGCUAAGAUUUUACGUAUUUGGGAUCCCAAUAGUAAGAAAAUUAGUUUUGUCGAAGAAGAACAGGAUCAAGAGAGAAUCAAACAGGAUAUCGAGAGUAUCCCGCAGGAGUUGGUCUCUGAACAAUGUUAUUUCAUUCACUAUCAAGGGUGGAAAGCCACUUGGGAUGAAUGGAUCGGAAGCACACGUAUUAGGGAAUAUAAUGACACUAAUAUUGCAUUAAGGAAGCAAUUAGUACAGGAGGCAAAGGAUGCUAAGAGACAACAACAAGAAUUGAAAAGACAAAAACAGAGACAAAGUACGCCUACGGGUGGUGUAAGUAAGAAACGUGGUAGUGGUCAGGAUUCUUCUACAGGUAAAAAUAAUACUGGAAAUACAGGGACAGGCCAAAGUCGUAGUCGAAGUGCUAGUGCUGUCAAAUUGACAGAUCAUAGUAGGAAAAAUGGUACCAAUGGUACCAAUGAACAUUCAUCUUCAAAUGCUGGUAAUGGCAACGGUAGCAACACCAAUGCCAGUGGGAACGGAUCGUUGAGUGGGAACAAUGGAAUAUAUUCACAACAAUAUUAUAAUAUGUUAAAUCAAAAUUUGCCAAAGAUUACUAUGCAUAUUCCAUUGAAACUGAAGUCUGUCUUAGUAGACGAUUGGGAGUUCGUUACGAAAAACAAGAAAUUAUGCAAAUUACCACGUCCCUCGACGAAAACAAAUAAUCAAACAAUCAAUGGAAUAUUACAAAGUUAUCAACAAGAAGUCAUAUCUGGAGGAAUGACCUCAUUAGUGGAACAAUCCAUAUUAGAAGAAUAUAUUCUUGGUUUGAAACUAUAUUUCAAUGAAUGUUUAUCCAAAUUAUUACUUUACAGACUAGAAAAAUUACAAUAUGCUCGAUUGGAAGAAAAUUUACAACUACAUAAAAAACAAGACGAAGGUACCAGUGGGAAGAAUGACAGUAGUAGUAUUACUACUACUAAUACUACUAAUAUUAUCACUACUUCUAAAAUUGAUAUUUGUAACGUAUAUGGUUCGAUACACUUGUUAAGAUUGUUAAGUGUACUACCUGAAUUAAUGAGCGAUACUACAAUGGCCACCCAAAGUUGUCAAUCGAUAGUGCGUCAAACCGAAUCACUGUUGUUGUGGUUUGCAGUACACAAAGACACCUUAUUUGAUAUGUCUACACCAGAUCAAGAUGGAGACACGUACUAUAUCAAUACAUCAAGUCAAUACGAAGGGUUAGCACUCGGUAUGUAA